AUGAUUGAACACAUGGAAACCAGUGUCCUCCUGACUCUCACCAGCAGCCGGUGUCAGGAUUCUUUCCUCAACUCCCACUGCAGCCCUGCCCCCCUCAGCCCUGCCCCCCUCAGCCAUGUGGUCCAUCUGUGUACAAUCCUGUGGCUCCACCUUGUGGAGGCUCUGGAGGCCAAGGUCACGGAACAGGGCCUGGUUGUGGACUUGACUGUGGUCAGAGCCAUGGUCCUGGACCUGGCUACGGACAUGGCCAUGAUCAUGGACAUGGACACGGACAUGAUCAUGGGCAUGAUCAUGAUCAUGGCUGUGAUGAUCAUGGACAAGGACAUGGACAUGGACAUGAACAUGGACACGGACAUGGACAUGGACAUGGACAUGAUCAUGAUCAUGAUCAUGAUCAUGAUAGUGAUCAUGGACAUGAUCAUGGCUGUGAUGAUCAUGGACAUGGACAUGGACAUGGACAUGGACAUGGACAUGGACAUGGGCAUGGGCAUGGACAUGAUAGUGAUAGUGAUCAUGGACAUGGACAUGGACAUGGACAUGGACAUGGACAUGGACAUGGACAUGGACAUGGACAUGGGCAUGGGCAUGGGCAUGGACAUGAUAGUGAUAGUGAUAGUGAUCAUGGACAUGGACAUGGGCAUGGACAUGGACAUGGACAUGGACAUGGACAUGGACAUGGACAUGGACAUGGACAUGGACAUGGACACAGACAUAAGCAUGGACAUAUGCAUGGCCAUUGUCACAAAGGAGAGAGGAAGUGUCAUGGGUCGUCCAGCAGCUCCUGCAGCAGUGACUCUGACUAGAGGUGAAGAGAAACCACCGGAGCACCUUCGUCUUCCUGCUGUCGAUAACAAACAACCCUCUCUGUGUGCUCUUUCAACUCAGAGUCUCAUGUGCAUCUCAAGGGGUUUUGAGUCUUGUGUAGUCAUCACGUGUUGUUAUAUCUUAUGUGAAUCUCUCAUAUAAGGUCAGAACAGCCUGUCAGCAACACAGCUCCAGUCUCUGACUCCCUCUGAUGGAUUAACAGCAGCGUUGCUUUAAACAUCUUUUACAUCUUUCUGCUACUGACGGUUUCAUAUGUUUACACAUGAAUUGUUCCUUUGUGAUAAACAACAUAUUACUCAUAAAAGCAAUUAAUCUCA